UUCAACCUAAAUAUUGGUCCAAACAUGUAUUUUCAGUACCAAAGACCGAAACUCCCGCAAUUCUCAUGCGAAAAACAAGUACGUAAAAUUCAUUUUCAGAAAAGCUCCAAAACUCCGAUGGCAUCUCUGGCCUUUACUGAUUUAUUUAUUCAAAAAAACAAAUAAUGAUUCAAAUUAAUAAAUAAUUUAGUGAACCGACUCCAAUUUUUCACUCUCAAAACUUCAUAAUCAUGUUUUUGUAAUCACUUUAGCAUCAUAAUUACGAAAAAAUGACUCUUAAACUAUUUUUUCUCACUCUCUUCCUCCUAUUGGUCUUCUCCAGCGCCGUUUACGGUCGCCGUUUCAUCAGUGACGACUCCGGUGGAGUAAUUUUCGAUGGAGUUCACAGUGAGAUCGGUCGGGAUUUGGAAAUUCUCCGGCUGGAUCGGAAUUUCGCCGGACGUGAAGAGGAGAGUUGUGAACAGAGUUAUGGAUUUCUGCCUUGUACUAAAACUGCUCUUGGAAAUGCUUUUCUCAUUUUGGUUUAUGGUUACCUUAUGUUCCUUGGUGCUACGUAUCUCUCUUCUGGUAGUGAACUGUUGCUUGAGAUUUUAGGGCCUGGUAUUAUUGGUGGACUUUUUCUUCCUGUGCUUGGUGCUCUUCCAGAUGCUAUGCUUAUUCUCGUAUCGGGGAUAUCUGGAAGUACUGCAGCUGCUCAGAGCCAGGUCUCUGUAGGAAUGGGAUUGCUAGCUGGGUCAACUGUGAUGCUUAUAACUGUUAUUUGGGGAACCUGUUGCAUUGUUGGCAAGUGCGACAUACAAAAUUCUGUUGCUGUAGACAUGAAAGACACUAAUGGAUUCAGCUUGACGGGUUCUGGUGUUAGUACUGACAUCUGGACAAGCCAUGCUGCAACGAUAAUGGCAGCAUCUGUAACACCAUUUCUUGUUGUCCAACUGCCACAGCUCCUCCAUUCAACUUCAGGAAGACAUUUAUCUGUCUUGAUUGGUCUUAUCAUUUCACUUACACUGCUUGUUUCUUAUUGCAUCUAUCAGGUCUUUCAGCCUUGGAUACAGAGUAGACGUCUUGCUUAUGUAAAACAUAAACAUGUUAUAUCAGGAGUUUUGAGACAGUUAAGAAUGCGUGCAUUGGGGAGGCUUUGCACAGACCAGGGAGCACCAAAUAUAGAAGUUUUAGAAAAGCUAUUCAACGCAAUUGAUGAAAAUGAGGAUGGGCAUCUUUCCCGUACUGAAUUAAAAGCUCUGGUAGUAGGAAUCCGUUUGGAGGAGAUAAACUUACAUGAGAAUGAUGCUGUAGAAAAACUGAUGAAGGACUUCGAUACUUCACAUGAUCAUCAAGUUGAAAUGUCCGAGUUCAUUGCUGGAGUUACAAAAUGGCUUACUGAGGCCAGGGGUUCCGAGGCUCCUUCUCCUGAAGCUGGUCCUGAUACAAUGAAGUACCUCGAUGACUUGCAUGAGCAAACAAGGAGAGAACACCAUUUCUUAGGGGAUCAAAGUGACGAAAGUGUUGAGACUGUUGAGAAUCCUAGAUCAACUGCAAUUAAGGCUGUUCUACUGCUGUUGCUGGGUACUGUCAUUGCUGCCGUCUUUGCUGAUCCUCUGGUUGAUGCUGUCAAUAAUUUCUCUAGUGCCACAAGCAUUCCUUCUUUCUUCAUCUCAUUCAUUGCUCUGCCACUGGCGACCAACUCCAGUGAGGCGGUGUCAGCUAUUAUCUUUGCUAGCCGGAAAAAGUUGAGAUCUGCGUCAUUAACAUUUUCUGAGUUGUAUGGAGCAGUGACAAUGAACAAUCUCCUUUGUCUAUCAGUCUUCCUGGCUCUCGUCUAUAUCAGAGGAUUGACAUGGGACUUCUCGUCUGAAGUCUUGGUUAUUCUAAUUGUCUGUGUUGUCGUGGGGGUCUUUGCAAGCGUCCGUAGCACCUUUCCUCUUUGGACUUCCUUGCUAGCUUUUCUACUUUACCCCUUCUCUCUCGUACUUGUAUAUGUUCUUGACUACAAAUUUGGUUGGUCUUAGUCUUGGACGACUCUUUUUGUUGAACUUGUAUGCAUCUUUUGAGCUACGGCACGCUUUAGUCGCUCUUGGAUGUUCUAGUAGAACUUCAAUAACUUGAAAAACUGAAGUCAUUUGUUUACUUACAAUUUCCCACUGCUGUUUAUUGGUUACAGGUUUUGAGUGCUC